AUGUUGUACAACGUGAUCAUUUGGGUAUAUUUGGCAGCAUUUUUAACCAGCUGUACAGCUGAUUUUUGCAACUGGACUGGGAGCAGCUUCACAGAUGAGAAGGGCCCCGGGCUGGUGCUGCAGGUGCGACUGCGCUGCGCUACGGGCUGGAUAAGGUGGUCCUCCCCUGGUCAGGCGCUCAGGGUUGUCCUGGAGCCUACUCUGUCCUCCACUCUGCACCCAACUGUCUGCAUCAAACCUUCCCCGUCCCUACGCGGGGUCAACGUGUUCAUUGAGCGCUCUGGCCGGCUUAAGCUGCUGGCCAUGGAGAAGAUGGCGUGUUUUCGGGCGGAUGGAGACCACGGGCCGAUGCCGGUCAUUUACCUCGAGGCUAGUGUCCAGAAUGCUGUGUCGUGGAGGAGACGCAGCGUGGGCUUAAAGUACGAGCUGACCUACCCGAGGACUGGGGCCAGUCCUGACCAAACAGGGCUAGAAGGAGAUUUGUGUCGUCCCUGCAACAACACUGAGCUGCUCAUGGCUGUCUGCAUCAGUGACUUUGUUGUCCGAGGCUCCAUCCAGAAGGUCUCUCAUAACUCUAAGAGACAAACCUCUUUGAUACACGUGUCUGUGACCAGAGUCUACAGGCAGCAUGGCAGCUUGUUUGAACAACAACUUAAGUUUACCCGUUUACACCCCAUGUCCAGUCCCUCCUGGUCCGGACACAUCUCCACGCUCCUGCAGUGCCACAUCAAACCAGGAGAGGGGGAGUUCUUAUUUACAGGGUCAGGGCACUUUGGGAACGCCUGGUUAGGGUGUGCCCCCCGAUUCAAAGACUUCCUGCCAGUGUACCACAGCGCCAGGGCAGCACGUAGCAACCCCUGUGAUUUUCCUUUGGACUGAGGAACAGCUCAACUUGUCUGGUACAUGCCCAAUCCACAGGCCUCCUCACCUCUGUACAGCACUCAGAGGCCAGUCUAAUGUUGUCAUAGCAAGUAGCUGUGCCCUGGAGGUGGCACGCAGCAUCACCAACCAGGACGGGGUAUUUUACUCUCUGCUGGAGCACUCAUUUGGAGAGGCUCACCGCUGGGGCAUCCCACAGCUCCAUGAGAGUCUCAUGUCUUUGUUCCACUGCUUCUGUGGGACAUUAUGAGGAGGUGGGGUCUGUUCUUUAGAUGCCCCACCCCCUCAUCUACUCACCAAAU